GCCUGUUUCUUAAAAAAACUUAAGUAGAAAAUCUGACUUAAGUCAAACUUAAGUCCAAAAAAGUCUUUGUCUUUUUUGACUUAAGUAAGAUUUUCUACUUAAGUUUUUUUAAGAAACAGGCCCCAGGUUACGAGGUAUAAGAUUAUGAAAGGUUACAGGUUGUUAAAGUGUUUACAGGACAGGUUAUAGGUUAUGAAAAAGUUGUAACCUGCAGGGCUCUAUUCCCUAGUAAUUGAAAACUCGAUAUCUUCAGUUCUAGACAAGCUAUUUGUUUGAAAUAUUUGGAGCAAGUAGACCACCUGAGGUUAGCUGUAUGAAAAAUUUCACCGCUUAAGUCAUUAGGGUGACAGAGAAAAAAUUUUCAAAAAGUGAAAAAACGGUUUGUUUUGUAACGAAAUGUCGAUCAUAUCAGCACAAACGAGGGUUUUCUUAGUCUCAUCAAGGUCUACUUAUAGUCAAAAGAUGGAGUCGAAAACGAGGAGCCAGUUGGAACAGUUUCCUUGUAAGAAAAGAUGACUCACAACGGCGCGAUACAAUUCAAAGGAAUAAAUGACAGUUGAUUCAAGCAGCGUUUUUUGAUAGAAGUUUGACAAGGUGGGUAAGUUUUAUUGAGCAACUUGAAAAAAUUUAGCUGAUAACCUAAAAAACAAAAAACGUCAACUUUUCUGACUGAGCAAAUUUUUUUCUCAAGCGAGUAAUUCAUUUCAAACGAGAUGAGGGAAUUCCCCCACCUUCACCUAUCUAAUCGAAAACGCUGGAUUCAAGCAAAAAACAAAUAAAGUAUAAUCUAGAAAAACGUGAUGUCACACAUAACAGGCACAUAUUCAAAAUUUUAUAAUAAUCUUGAGUUCACAUGAUUCAAUAGUUACUUCCCUUAAUUAAAUUUCUAAAACAAGCAAUAAUAAACAACAAAAUAACACUGAGGGAUUUAGCCAAAAGAUGGAGUCGAAAGAGAGAAACCAGUUAGAACAGUUCCCUCGUUAGUCUUCUGGUCUUUGAUGAUAACGCUGUGUAAACUGGCUUAGAUCUAGGUGCAAAUGUUGAGCGUUGAACAACGUAAUUUUAUGUUGACACUAGCCUCUUGCGAUAAGCAUAUUUUAACCAUUAAACUGCCAUGCUGUCUACUAUUGAAUUUUAGUUAUACCAUUCUUAUUAUACUUAAUUUUGCACUCUUGCUCUUUUAUUCGCAUCGUUAACUGAAACCCGCAUAUAUUCUACUAAAUGCAGUCAAGAUAAGUGUCCGCUUUUUUUCCAACAAUACUCGAGACUGUCAACGCAAUUUCAGCUUGAUAGGCGUUGACAGCUGCAUCAGAAAAAAUUCUCAAAGACUUAUCUUACAACUACAAAGACGUAUAAGCAAAACAUUCAAAAAGGAGCUUGAACAGUAGAAAUGGUCGGAACCAAUAAAAAGAUAGAGGCCAAUAACUUAUUUUUUGCUGGAUGUACGUCUGUUUCUAGAAUUCAUUUGAUUUUUCUAUCACGAUGAUGAUUAUGUAGGAGUUCGAAGUUGACGUUUUCAAGUAGAAAAAAAAUCUAGAGUUUUGAACAUUGUGUUUGUGAUUUAUUGGCGUUUUUCGUGCGUGUUUAUCACAUCACAUGCAACUUCCGGAUCUCUAAUAAUGAUAUUAACGUGAUGAAAAGGAAAAUUUACCCUUGGCUUACCUCAAUUUCUGUGAUUUGAACUUUCUAUUUCCUCCUCGAAUCCUAAACAACUAAAUAUGACAAUAUUUGUUUUGAAUUUGCGGUCGAAUCGAAGAUCGAGAUUAAACGAGAUGAGAUUUGCCUGUAAUCAAUUCUUUAUGUUAUAAGAGCAGACAGAUAUUUGAUUGAUGAUGUUAUUCGAAAAAUGCGAUGUUAUUUAAAGUUUGUCAAGAGCAGGAUGAGAUUGCAUAUACAUCGAUUAUCUGAGACGAGCACAGCUAGUCUAUUUUAAAUUCAGGCUUUGUUUAAUCAGUCUGUUAUCUUAGUUCCCUUGUUUACGGCAGAAAGAUGAUACUUUCUGUCAGUGGUUUUUAUUCUUUACUUGCUUUGGUUUUUAGAUUAUUUAACAGCACUAUAUUAUUUUCAUGCUGUGUUACGGCGUGGAUAGCCAUGGCCAAUUGGGGCUUGGACCCACUUCGAGCGGAUUUAUAGCAACACCACAAAGGAAUACAUUUUUCGAUGAUAAAGUGUGUAUACAAUUAGCGUGUACACUUACACAUACUUGUUUUUUGAUGGAUAAUGGAAGGGUUUUCUCUUGCGGAAAUAAUGAUUAUUCACAACUGGGACGUGAAGGACGUACUACUGUACCAGAAUGUGUGAUAUUACCGAAUGAUGCAGAAGGUGUACAAGUCGCUUGUGGUCAACAUUUUUCGUUAUGCUUAACGAUCACUGGAAGAAUUGUAUGUUGGGGUUCGAUUAAUGGAAAAAUCGGAAGUGACGAUGGAUUUUUCUACCCAAAACCACAAUAUGUUAGUGGAUUUGAAGAUAAACGGAUGAUUCAAAUUGCAACCGGUUACUCACAUGCACUGACACUAACCGACGAUGGAACAGUAUAUUCAUUUGGCGUGAAUAGUGCCGGACAAUUGGGUCUGGGAAAUAGUGAUGAUUGUGUGUGUGCUUGUCCGUUGUUAUGUCUACGUGGUUCUCCAAUCUGUUACAUAGCUUGUGGAGCAAAUCAUUCAGUUAUCAUAUCAAAAAGCGGAACCGUUUUCACGUGUGGACUGAAUUCAUCGGGCCAACUUGGCGUUGGCGAUACGGAAUCUCGUAUUUGGCCAAGCAAUGUGAAAGCCGUACAAAAUCAAAAAGUGACAUACGCAUCAUGCGGGGAGAAGCAUACCGUUGUGAUAACAGCAGAUGGAGGUGUAUUUAGUUUUGGUUCGGGCAGUCAUGGACAACUCGGCCAUAAUUCAGUAAUGGACGAAUUGUUACCGAAAAAAAUUAGUGAAUUAAUGGGCUCAGAAGUAACGCAGGUUGCAUGUGGGAGAAGUCACACUGUAGUUUUUGUUCCCAGUGUUGGUCAGAUAUUAGUAUUUGGAUUAGCGUGUGCUGGUAGACCUGAUACACAGCUAACAUCUUACGUUGCUAUCCCAACAAAAUUACAGUAUCCAUUUGUGAGCUAUCGGGCAAUUGGCCAGUUGCAACGUCAAAUGUCACAUUCUUCUGAUCGUAGUGGACAACAGCAGCAACAAAAUGUGCAAGUGGUUUUUAUUACAGCUGGAGGUCAUCAAACAUUCAUUAGAAUUUCGCAUAAAUCACAACGUCCUGCUGAUUAUCGUUUGUACAGUUUACACCGUCCAAUACUUGAAUUAACACUUGAAUUUGCGAAAUCACUGUGUCAUGUCGAAAAAUCUCCUGUUGGUCUAACAGAUGCUAAAAAAAAAAUGUCGCGUUUGUUUUCGACAGAAGCAUGUAUUAAUGGCUCAUUUCUUGCUUCACCUGAUAUACAUUAUCGAACAAGUUCAAAUAAUCCAGGAAUCGAUAUUGAUAGUGUUAUUGCCGUUAUGGAAAAAUUGAGAACAUGUGAUCAAACUAUUCAGGAUUUGUUAUUGGAACAUAUUCAAAGUAUUAUCAUCACGUUACCUGAAACAGCUCCAUGUUUCGAAGCAUUACGUGUUUAUUUAGUUUUACCAUUUUGUCAUAUAUUUGAGAAUGAUGAAUCAUUAGAAACAGUCACUUGUCCAUUUGCUCUAGCACUAACAAGAUUAAAAGAACGAGCGGAUGGAAAAGUGUUAGAUUAUUGGAUACAACAUAUUGGUCGAUUGUAUAAACCUCUUGUUGUGAAAAUUAUUGGUAUUAACGUCGGUCAUAUGUCAGCUGCACAAACACAAUAUCAACUAUUAUUGAGAGGAAUUUUAGAUUUAUUGAAAAAAAUACAUAAUGUCAGUUGUGUUAUGGCCAAACCGGAACUAGUCAGUCAUGAUUUUUUCUAUAUAAAAGAAUUGAAUGAUAAAAUUGAUAUUAAGAACCAUUAUAUUAUAUGGCAACAACGUCAUCUAUUUCAAGAAAAAGGAGUAUUUUCAUUUUGUGAAUAUCCAUUUUUAUUUGAUUUUCGUGCAAAAACAAUUUUAUUACAAUAUGCAGCUCAACUAUCGAUGCAGGAUGCAAUUCGACAAGCUUUUCAACAUAAUUUUCAAAGUUUAUUCUCGGCAAGAAUUGAUCCUGUAAAUCCAUUAUUAACACUUCAUAUUAAUCGAAAUUCUAUUGUUCAAAAUACAAUUGAUCAAUUAGAUAAAUAUAAAGAAGAAGAUUUUAAAAAACCUCUUCAAGUCUAUUUUAUAAAUGAAGAAGGAUUAGAUGCAGGUGGAGUUAAAAAAGAAUUUUUUCUUCUAUUAACAAAAGAGAUACUUGAUCCAAAAUAUGGAAUGUUUACAUAUUAUGAAGAAACACAUACUAUAUGGUUUAGUGAAUAUGGAUUAGAAGAAGAUCAUAUGUAUCGAUUAAUUGGAACAUUAUGUGGUUUAGCUAUCUAUAAUUUAAUUAUUAUUGAUUUACCAUUUCCAUUAGUAUUAUAUAAAAAAUUAUUAAAUAAAGGAAAAAUUGAUAUUGAUGAUCUUAAAACAUUAUCACCAAUUAUUUAUCGUUCAUUACAACAAUUAUUAUUAUAUAAAGAAAAUGAUAUUGAAGAAACAUUUUGUUUUACAUUUGAAAUUGUACGUGAAUCAUUUGGUGAAAGACGACAUAUUGAAUUAAAACCAAAUGGAUCAAAUAUAAUGGUAAAUCAAUUGAAUAAACAAGAAUUUGUCGAUUUAUAUAUUGAUUAUAUAUUUAAUAAAUCAGUUGAUACACAAUUUCGUGCAUUUAAUGAAGGAUUUCGUCGUGUUUGUUCAUCAAAACCUCUUGAAUUAUUUUAUCCAGAUGAAUUAAUGUCGUUUGUUAUUGGUAAUACAAAUUAUGAUUGGAAUGAUUUUCAAAAUAAAACAGAAUACAAAGGAGAAUAUCAUGCGAAUCAUCAAAUUAUCAAAUGGUUUUGGGAAGUAUUUCAUAAGAUGACAACGGAGGAUAAAAAAAAAUUUUUACAAUUUUUAACGGGAUCCACGCGUGUGCCUAUUUUCGGUUGGAGUCAGCCCAUGGUUAUUCAACGAAGUCAUCAAGAUGAUCAACAUCUUCCGGUAGCACACACAUGUUUUAAUAUACUUGAUUUACCAUCAUAUUCGUCCAAAGAUACAUUAAAAGACAAGUUGACUGAAGCUAUCCAACAUCAUCUUGGUUUUACUCUAGUCUAA